AUGGAAGAAAAGGACAGACCACGGAGUCGAGACAGCCAAAUCACGGACCCGGCAGGGGCCGCGGGGCUCAAAAAGGUUGAGCAUGCAGGUUCAAUCUCAGAUUUCGACUCCUCGGCCGUGACACUGGAUGAUGAGGGCCACCGACCCAGCGAGUUCAAGCCGAUAACCGCCCCGGAUGGCAACCGGCGCGGCCACCCAGAUAUUGACCACAUCGAAGCCGAGCGUGCAACUCCCGGCCAUGAGUUGGACGUUGAGUUGGGCAAGACCCACAACACCGAGGAACUAAAGCGCAUCGAAACCCGGGGUAGCGUCAAAAGCAAAAUCUCCCGCGUAGUAAGCAUCGUCAGCGGGCGUCACAAGAAACCCCCCCGGGAGCGCAUCCCGUUCGCGCCCAUCCCCACCACCGACCUUUCCACCGGAGUCAUCGGAUGGGAAGGCCAAGAUGACCCGCUCAUGCCACUCAACUUCCCGUCCCGCAAAAAGUGGCUCAUCGUCAGUCUGCUGUCGGUCAUCACCCUCCUGACGCCCUUUGCGUCCACCAUCCUGGCGCCGGGGAUCGGAAAGCUCAACGCCGAGUUCGGCAACACCAACAGCAUUGUCGGCACCAUGACUGUCAGCAUAUACCUGUUGGGUUAUGUCAUUGGGCCGUUGUUUCUGGCGCCACUGAGUGAACUGUACGGCCGCCGCCCCGUGCUGUCGGCGGCGAAUGCGUUUUUCUGCGUCUGGCAGGUUGGCUGUGCGCUGGCGCCGUCGAUUGGGUCGCUCAUUGUGUUUAGGUUCUUUAGUGGCAUUGGUGGGGCUGGGUGUUUGACGCUUGGGGCUGGCAUCAUCGCCGACCUGUUCCGGACGGACGAGAGGGGCUUUGCUAUGGGCAUGUACACCCUCGGGCCCCUGAUCGGUCCUACUAUCGGCCCCAUCGUGGGAAGUUUCGUCUCCCAAAGCAUCGGCUGGCGGUGGGGUUUCUGGAUCGUCUUGAUCGUUUCUGUCGUCGUCUGCGCGUUGACCGAGGUCUUCAAUCAGGAAACCAACCCGCGAAUCCUCAUCGGCCGCAAGGUGGAGCGUCUCAAGAAAGAACUUCGCCGCGAUGACUUGCGAAGCUGCUACGAAACCCCGGGAGCCCAACUCCUGAGCCAGCGCCAAACCCUUUGGAACGGCCUCGUACGCCCGACCAAAAUGCUCUUCUUGUCGCCACUCGUGUUCCUGAUCUCUCUGUACAUUGCCUUUACAUAUGGCACACUGUACUUGCUCUUCACGACCAUCCCCGUUGUCUUUCAACAGACGUACGGCUGGAGUCUCGGCAUCACCGGUCUGGUCUAUAUCUGUCUCGGCCUGGGGAACCUGGCAGGUUGGGCCGUGGUUACCGCCACUUCGGACAAGGGGGUAGUGCGGAGGACGAAGGCAAACGACGGUGUCUUCGAACCCGAGAUGCGGUUGCCAUUGAGCAUCUAUUUCAGCUUCUUCCUCCCCGUGACCUUCUUCUGGUAUGGCUGGUCGACAUACUACACAACGCAUUGGAUCGUGCCUGUCCUUGGCCUCUUCCCUUUUGCCUUUGGCAUCAUUGGCCUUUUCCUUCCACUCACGACCUAUCUGGUCGACUGCUACCCCAUGUAUGCAGCGUCGGCCAUUGCGGCUAACACGGUCUUCCGGAGUUUGGUCGGUAUGCUAUUACCCCUGGCUGGCCCGUCCAUGUAUGGAAACUUGGGUCUCGGUUGGGGCAAUUCCCUCCUGGGGUUCCUAUGCGUUAUUAUGAUCCCUGUGCCUCUGUUACUCUACAGGUUUGGGGCGAGGCUGCGGAAGAUGGGCUUGCAGCUAUAG